UGGCCGCCGCUAGCAUUCGCCCUCACAGGUGGAUUGUCCCUCCCGGCUCCCGUUGCUCACCCCACUUCCUCCCCUGCCCGGAGUAGCCAUGGCGGCCAUGAGCCUGCUGCAGCGGGCUUCGGUCACCGCGCUGACAGCGCUGUCUGUCCGCCGUGCUGGCGCUAGACUCGGAGUCGGAAGCUUUCUCACACGGAGCUUUCCGAAGACUGUCGCUCCUGUGCGGCACAGUGGGGACCAUGGCAAGAGACUGUUCGUCAUCAAGCCUACUUCAUACUAUGACACUCGCUUCUUGAGGUUGCUGAAAUUCUACCUUAUGUUGACUGGGGUUCCAGUUCUGAUUGGCAUAACGCUGGUGAACAUAUUUAUUGGUGAAGCUGAACUUGCAGAAAUCCCAGAAGGCUACAUCCCAGAACACUGGGAGUAUUACAAGCACCCAAUAUCAAGAUGGAUUGCCCGAACUUUCUAUGAUUGUCCCGAAAAGAAUUAUGAAAAAACCAUGGCUAUCCUCCAGAUUGAGUCUGAAAAGGCUGAAUUGAGGUUAAAGGAGAAGGAAGUUCGAAGACUGAUGCGGUCCCGGGGUGACGGGCCCUGGUUUCAGUACCCAACCCUUGAGAAGGAAUUCAUUGAUCAUUCUCCAAAAGCAACUCCUGACAACUGAUCCAUUUAUCUAAGAACAUUAUGUUCUUUCUAGUAGAAAGAAAUGAAUAAAUAUUCUGUAUUUUUGCUCUGGUGCACACCGCCUUCCUUGGAUGUUUCUUUGUGUGGUUCAGGUGUUGUAUUCCAUGUGGGCUUUUCAGCUUCAUCUGUUUAGAUUUAUGGGGUGGUAAUAAGAACUGGAGAUCCGGGGCACUUUUGUCUGGCAGGUGGAGUGCAGCGGUCCUGGGAAUGUUCAGGACCUGCAGUUGUCUGUGUACUGCACUGCAGAUGGUGGUUAUUCAGGACUACUUGGAUUUUAACUUUCGUGAGAAAUACUGGACCAACCGCAUAAAAAAUGUUAGCUCCAUAAUAAACAGACUUUAGCAGACUA